CGGCAGCACACGAUACCAUGUGCAUCAGCAGCGUGGCCACGGCGACUUGAAUUAGAAAAAUGUCAAAGUUAAGUGCGGUCUUUAUUCUGAAUUUAUUUGGAUCAGUAUUUUAAUUGAUUACAAACAUCUUACUGAUUUCAACAACUGGUUAAUCCAAUUUUCCAGUUUUGCGGUUGCGGUGACAUUUACAUAUUGCCGCAAACGAUGACCUCAUCAGCAAUACUUGCCAUAACUGUAUUGUACUACGACAUUGCAUGUGCGGCUUUUGAUUAAUUAUUAAUGCAUCAAGAAGAAAUCGUUUUGUCCCAGUUCCGUUGGGGCUGAUGCCGAUGGUCAGGUCCAUGGCUUAUCAUUCCGUUGGAUUCAAGGUGAUUGCUUGUGCAAAUUCCAAAACGUGUAAGAAUCGUGAUUUGUUGUGAAAUCGCGACAUACGUAAAUCGGCCGGUGUGAUGCGGGUUAGUGUACGUCUGUACGAACUUCAUGAUGUUGAUAUAAUUAAUAUUUAAUAGCAUAUGGUUAAAUGUAUUUUAUACGGUAUACGAAUUUUGAAUUAGACUAGCGCUAUGAUAAUCAAUUAUUUGCCCGUCUUGUGCUGCCGAAGACUUUUGUUUGUUAUUUUAUCUGGAACCUGUCGUGCGACCGGCUGGAAACGAUUAUAACUAAUCUAACGCGAAAUAUCGUACGCAAGUUUUUGUCGUGUGACUGAUAUUUUAUCAUGCACGAUAUCUGCCAGUUUGCAUUGAUAACCGAUGCAAGAACCGGCUAUCAUCGAGCGAUAAGAUGUGAUAAUUUAUCUUCCUGUGCAAAGUUACAUUUUAUUUUAUUUUUCGAACGUGACUACAAGCAUUUGUUAAAACGAAACGGCCUGCGAUUACCGAAAACAAAUUUACUUAAUUUUUCCCUGCCUAAUCGUGAUGCGGUCAUAAUGAUAUACAAAUACGCGGAUAACAACGUGCUGACCACGUCGUCUGAUUUGGAUUAUUCAAACCAAGAAUGGGAGCUACUCAACAUUGCUUCUGGGAAUCUGACGGACAGCUUUAAUACCUCGUAUAAUGCAUCACCCCGCGGAAAGAUUCCCGAAGAAUUCGAGCGGUACAGACCGGUUGUGGAAUUCUAUGGGAUUAUGUUUACAGUGCUGUUCUUUUUCAUUCUUUUUGGUAAUCUCUUAGUUAUUGCGUCAUUCAUAAAAUUCCGCACAAUUCGUAAAAAACUGCCGCAUCAUUGGCUGUUUCAUCUGGCGUUAGCGGAUCUGCUCCUGGGAUUAUCUCUUCCGUUUCAUGUGUUUACAUUCUUGGACGAGUACGACUUCAAAAAAUAUGUUCAUAUUCCGUACAUGUGCUUAAGCCGUUACGGGACGGCGGAACUAUGCAUUGGAGCAUCUUUGUGCUUCCUGGUUGGACUGGCCGUACACAUACUGUUUUCAGUCAAAUUCCCGUACAAGUAUAACCUAUGGAUUUCUCCAUUUCGUAUACACGUCAUCGCGAUAUCUAUUUGGAUCACGAAUUUUGGCUAUUUCUUGCUACCAUUUUUAGGCCUGCAUGAAUAUCAACCCGAACUUACCACUGAUGGAAAAAUAUCGGCAUAUUGUGAUCUUGUCAAGGUCUGGACACCCUGGUAUACACGAUUAAUGAUCUGGAUGAUGGUUGGGUUAGUCUUGGUGUUGUGCACCGCUUAUACUAUAAUUUUUCGCGUGGCCUGGAAGAAGACACGACGCGAUUCCCUGCCAACGGCCUUCUUCAACCAACCGCGAAAUGCGAAACCUGUGAUUACAUUUUUGCUGGUGACUGUUUCCACGAUGGUCUGCUUCGCGCCAUUUGCCGUGUGCAGUUUGCUACAACUGCAGCACUGGAAAAAGCGGAACGACAAGGAUUACAAUUACCAAGGAGAUAACAAUGAUCUGGAAGUCGCUGCAGCCAUUGCCACAUUCUUUCUCUUUCUUCACUCGGUUCUGAAUCCAAUUAUUUAUUCUUUUCGGCUUCCCGAUUUUCAGAUAGCGUUCAAAGCGCUGCUGUGUUGUCAUUGCGGGAAAUCCGCGCAGCUGCUUUUUGACUGACUUUUUUCUGUAAAUAGGAUGUCUAACGAAGUGUGUAAACAUGGUGACCCGGUUCUAUCGGUGUGACCACGAUGCCAUGCUGCUGACAUUGCUCGCUGUGGAAUGAUUGAUUGUGGUUUCGUAUUUUACGAGUGCCUUUGUAUAAAUAGUUGAUACCACAAGGAAAAUUUUCCCGCAAAGAUAAAAAUUAUAAAUGUGACCUUAUUUGUAU